UCGGUGCCGCGGAGCCCGCAGCAUGAGCUUUGCGACUCGGGCUGUGCGCGCGCUGCCUCGCGCGGUCAGCGCCCUUCCCCUCCGCGCGCCGCUCUCCUCGCGCGCCGUCGCUGCCUGUGCGGAGACUCCGAGUCAGACUCAGAGGCGCCGUUACUGCGCGCCGAAGGGACGCGAUGAAGAAGAAGCCCUGGCAGCUGAAGCCUGGAGGAGGAGAUACGGCAGCCCCGAAGCCACCAUCUUCUCCAAAGUGCUGGACGGCUCCCUGCCCGCAGACAUCAUCUUCGAGGACCGCAGGUGUGUGGCGUUUCGGGACGUCAACCCUCAGGCUCCUGUCCAUUUUCUGGUCAUUCCCAGAAUUCCCAUCCCGAGGAUCAGCGAAGCCAAAGACGACGACGCUGAGCUCUUAGGUCACCUCCUAGUGGUGGCUAAAAACAUGGCACGACGCGAGGGGCUGCAGGAGGGCUACCGGGUCGUGAUCAACGACGGGAAGCACGGCUCCCAGUCUGUCUACCACCUCCACGUGCACGUGCUGGGCGGGCGGCAGAUGAAAUGGCCCCCAGGGUAGCGGAGCAGCACCACAUCGAACGUUGCAGCCCUGGGCUUCUGCUCACAUGACCUGCACUUGUGCAACACUGAUUUUUCUCCAACGAUUUUGAGUAGAUUGAACGCAGAGGCAUGUAGUGAAAGCUUUGUGCUCUAGGUAUGGUGGUACGUUGCUGAGACCCCCCAUGAGCAGACAGGACCGUUCUGGUGAAAGUGUCUGUGCUACAAAAGUGUCCAAUAAAUCAAGUAUCAGCCAGUGAA